AUGGGAACAUCAACUGCCAAUGUUGUUGAGAUUCUUGCCUUGCUCAUUCUGCUUCAAAGCGUUUCCUCCUUCUGCAAUGGAGAUAAUUUCAAUGGAAGCUGUAUCAAGACUGAAGGAGAAGCUCUUGUGAAGUUCAAGUCAAGCCUCGUCAACAAUUCAAACUCGUUGCCUUCAUGGGUGGGGGAUGAUUGCUGCAGAUGGCACGGAGUCACUUGCGAUGACAUAACCGGUCAUGUAGUUAAGCUCGUUCUUUCUCGGGCGUCCAUCAUGGGAAACAUUUCCCUUCAUCUUGGAAAUCUUUCAAACUUGCAGUAUCUUGAUCUCAGUUGGAAUUAUGAUCUCAGUGCGAAUCCUUCAUUGGCAAUCCACAGCCUCCAUUUUCCAUCUUCUUUGAAAUACUUAUACUUGCCGUACGUGGUCCUGGACAAGUGUGACAAUUGGUUGCAGUCAAUAAACAUGCUUCCUUCUUUACUAGAAUUAGAAUUGUGGAAUUGUGAGCUUUCCAUCAUUGGUGAUGUUUCACAUGUCAAUUUUACAUCUCUUGAGGUUCUCAACCUUGGAUUGAACAACUUCCAUUCCACAAUCCCAAGCUGGUUAUAUAAUAUUACCAAACUUCGACAUCUUGUUCUACAGUCUAGUGCUUUCCGAGGGUCUCUUUCCACUGAUAUCAGUAAUCUUAAUUCUCUUGCUUCCCUUUAUGCGGGUUCUAAUUCUUUGGAAAGCAACAUACCCAACACGUUAAACAGGCUUUGCAAUUUGAUUGAGCUAGACUUGGGUUACAACAAGUUCAGCGGUGAGAUUUCCGGAACUUUUGGCAACUCAUCCACUUGCAUCAAGAACAGUUUAGAGAAUCUGAUUCUUUUAAACAAUUCAUUUUCUGGUAGUAUUCCAGAUAAUUUGGGACAAUUUAAACGCCUGAAAGUUCUUUCUCUUUCUAAAAACUCUUUCUGGGGUUCAAUUCCUGUAUCCAUUGGACAGCUUUACAACCUUGAAACACUAGGUUUGAGUAAGAAUUCAUUGCAUGGGAAAGUUUCUGAACUUCACUUGUUAAACCUGAGAAGCUUGAUUAAAUUGAAUACGGGUGGGAAUUCUUUAGUUUUUGAUAUUGAUCCCGAAUGGAUACCUCCUUUUCAACUUGACUGGAUUGGUUUAUCAUCUUGUGAAGUAGGGCCUUCGUUUCCAGAGUGGCUCAAAACACAAAAGAGCAUUAAAGUUUUAGGAAUGUCUAAUGCAAGCAUCUCAGAUAACAUCCCUGACUGGUUUGAAAAUAUUUCUUCCAAUAUUGUAGGAUUGGAUUUAUCUUAUAAUCAGUUGUUUGGGACCUUGCCAACAUUCAGAAAACUGAACACAACUUAUGCUAACGAAUAUAGGAUCAUAUCGUUGAAAUCUAACCAGUUUGAUGGUUUUUUAACCUGUUCUCAUUUUGAUGCAACCAUAUUGGAUAUCUCCAACAACUUGCUCCACGGCCAGAUUCCCCAGAAUCUCAGUGAAAUGAUGCCAAGUAUGCAACUCUUAUCCCUCUCCAACAACUACUUGAAUGGUACCGUUCCAGCUAAUUUAUGCAGGAGUGGAUCUUUACAAAUUCUUGAUCUUUCGAAUAAUCAUCUAUCAGGAAGAAUACCUUCAUGUUGGGGAAAUUUGCCAAGUUUAACUGUGAUUGAUUUUUCAAGUAAUAUGUUGAGUGGUGAUGUUCCAAUGUCCUUGGGUUCUCAAGAGUCGCUUGUUUCCCUGCAUUUGCAAAACAAUACUCUGCAAGGAAAGAUCCCAAUGUCAUUAAGGAAUCUAGAAUCCUUGGAGACUCUUGAUCUUAGCAUGAAUGCUUUUGAUGGUUUUAUUCCUUCAUGGAUAGGUGAAAGCCUAUCUUCUCUGAAAAUACUGAGUAUUCACUCUAAUAAAUUUGAAGGUGAGAUUCCUCUGCAGCUUUGCUACCUUGCUUCUCUUCGCAUAUUGAACUUGGCAAAUAACAAGAUGACUGGAACCAUACCUAAUUGUUUUGGCAAUUUUACUGCAAUUGCUAUGCAUGAGCAGAAAGGGCACUGGGACUAUUACACUAAAGAUGAACCCUUUGCUCUUCUAACAGCUAGCUAUGGUGAGAACCUUCUGGUUUAUAUAAAAGGAAUAGAGCUUGAAUAUAGUAGAACACUUCGAUUUCUCUAUUCCAUUGACCUUUCAGGAAAUAACUUUGUUGGAGAAAUUCCCCAGGAGUUGAUGAAUCUUUCAGGUCUACAGAACCUGAAUCUAUCUACAAACAAAUUGGAUGGGCAUAUCCCUUGGAACAUUGGCAAGUUAAGCUCACUAGAAUCACUUGACUUGUCUGACAAUGAACUUUCUGGCUCUAUUCCAUUCAGCAUUUCUGAUUUGAACUUUUUAAGUCACUUGAAUUUGUCAUUCAAUCACUUAUCAGGACGAAUUCCAAAGGGAAACCAACUUCAGACUUUGGAUGACAAAUCCAUCUACAUCGGCAACGAUGGACUUUGUGGACCUCCAUUGAAUAACUGUUCAAAUGAUGCAGAUGAAUUGCCUAAAGGUCAUGAAAAAGGUGGCACUACGAGGAAAGAUGACUCUGAAAUGGUUUGGUUCUACAGUGGUAUGGGAAUGGGAUUUGCGGCUGGAUUUGUUGGACUUUGUAGCAUCUUGUACUUCAACGACUCAUGGAGGUGUGCUUGGUUUGUGUUAGUUGACAGAGUCUGCAACAAGCUUUGGGUAACAAUUGCAAUUAAGGAUUCAAUGUUGUUUGAGACUGAAGCAGAUGUUGAGCUAAAUUUAAAUAAAGCCCCUCCUCCAUUCGAGGAUUUGAAUGGUACAAUUCCAGCUUCUUUAUGCAGGAUUGUUUCUUUUAAUAUUCUUAUUCUUUCGAGAAAUCGUCUGUCGGGAAGAAUACCUUCAUGUUUGGGGAAUUUGGGAGAUUUAACGGUGAUUGAUCUUUCAUAUAAUAUGCUGAGUGGCCAUGUUCCAAUGUCCUUGGGUUCUCAACACUUUCUUGCUUCCCUGCAUCUGCAAAACAAUAAUCUUCAAGGAAAGAUCCCAAUGUCAUUGAGGAAUCUACUGUACUUGGAGGCUCUUGAUCUUAGCAUGAAUGCUUUUGAUGGUUUUAUUCCUUGGUGGAUAGGUGAAAGCCUAUCUGCAUUGAAAAUGCUCAGUCUUCACUCCAAUAAAUUUGAAGGUGAGAUUCCUUUGCAGCUUUGUCACCUUGCUUCUCUUCGCAUAUUGAACUUGGCAAACAACAUGAUGACUGGAACCGUUCCUACUUGUUUUGGCAAUUUUACUGCAAUUUCUACGCACGAAAACAACGGAAUUUGGGACUAUCACUCUUAUGCAUUGGAUGGGUCUUUCGAAGGAGAUGUCUAUGGUGAGAAUAUGCAGGUUUAUGUCAAAGGAAUAGAGCUUCAAUAUACUAGAACACUUUGA